AUGCUACUUACUUGUGCAGCAGUUAGAGCAGUGCACUUAGAGGUGGUUUUGGAUCUGACAGCCGAAAGUUGUCUUUUGGCAUUGAGGCGUUUUAUUGCGCGAAGAGGUGCACCUCGGAUUAUAUAUUCCGAUAAUGCCAAGACUUUCAAAAAGGCAUCUACAGAACUAAGUCAUAAACUUAAAUUGAAAUCAAAUCCCGAUUUUCAAUGCUUCUUAACUGAUCAACGUAUUACCUGGAAAUUUAUCGUCGAACGUGCACCUUGGUGGGGUGGAUUCUGGGAGGGUCUAGUAAGAGUUGUGAAACCUUCAUUGAAGGGUGCAGUGCUGAAAGCAACUUUAUCUAUCGACCAAUUUACUACUCUUCUUACUGAAGUUGAAACUGUAGUCAAUUCACGACCUCUUACGUACUGCAGUGAUGAUUUUUCGGAUUGUGCUCCAUUCACACCUGCCCAUUUUCUUGGUGUUCAAGGAAUAUCUGGUGAUUCUACACCCGAACAGAAUUUUCAACCCAUCAAUCAAAAUACGCUGAGAUCAGAGUGGGCACAACGUUUACAGAAUAUUUCAAUAUUUAAACGUCGUUGGUUUAGAGAAUAUCUUCAACAGUUACGCUCUUUACAUCAUGAGAGACAAGCAGCAUCGACCUACCUUGCAGCUGGAGAUGUUGUUCUAAUAGAAGAUCCAUCUUUGCGUAGGAUACUCUGGCGAUUAGCGAUCAUCCGAAAAACAUUUCCAGGGCGAGUCGGAAAAGUUCGUGCAUGUGAAUGUGAACCUACUAAUAUCGUUUUAACUUGGUCGUCCCCAACUGUCCGGAAUUACUCCGAAUGGUUCUAA